AUGGUCAGUCGGUGGAUUCAAAUUCGUCGCAGUCGUACCGGUUUCCUGGAUGCUGGCGAGGGAAGCAGUAUCAGUACGCUUCAGUCAGAGCAAAUUUUUCCCAAAUUCAAUCCACUGGUGUUUGCUGCGCCAGCCUUUUGCGAUGUUCUGGCCACAUCGAUCAUGUACAUUGGCCUGAACUUGACGCAAGCCUCUUCUUUUCAGAUGCUCAGAGGAGCUGUGAUAAUCUUCACGGGUCUCUUCUCGGUUGCCUUUUUGGGCUCAUAUCUGCAAGGAGCUGUGAUAAUCUUCACGGGUCUGUUCUCGGUUGCCUUUUUGGGCUCAUAUCUGCAAGGUUUUCGAUGGUUUGGCAUGGGACUGGUUACAGUUGGCCUUGUCAUUGUUGGCGUUGGUGACAUUAUCUUUGACGAAAAUCCCAAGGACGAUAUCAAUGGAAUUAUCACAGAUGGUAGUUGA